AUGUCGGACUCGAUCCCAUCCGCCACAGCUGACCCCGAGGCUGUGGACCAGACUCUCCCAGCCAACGCCGAAGACCGCAAAGCGGCCGUGGCCCUCUCUUCUCUUAACACAAAUGAAAUAACGACCGAAGCAGCCCCCGCAAAAGGCGGCAGUGCCGAGCAAGAGGCCCUUAGCAAGGCUAUGGACCGGCUUGAGAUUGCUGCUGGUCAGGCACCGGGCGCUCAGAAAACUGCAGGGCCGCAGAAGAAAGAUUCAGGAGUCAAGAAGACGGUCAAGAUUUCCGCAACCGAUGUUGCGCUCCUGGCGGAUCAGUUGGACUUGCACAAGACCAAAGCGACAGAGCUGCUGAGGGCACACGAGGGUGAUGUCAUCCGCGCAAUGAGAGCAUUCAUCUCUCCUUCGCCUAGAGCGUGA